GGCCUAAGCCAUGUGUUACACUGUGAUAAAAUGCUCCAGACAUUUGAGAACACUCGAGAGAUAUAGAAAACACUCCCCUGCAGCUCGUGUUUUCUACAUUUCCCUCGUGUUCUCAAAUGCCCGUCGUCUUUUAUCGCAGUGUAAUUCACAGCUUAGACUUCUAUAUUUACUAAAUGAAAGUAAUCUCUAGGUUCGGAUGUACAAAGGCUUUGGAACAUCUAGGCCAAGUCAACCAUUCAAUAUUUUAAGUAUUAAUAUAAAAGGCGGAGCGUACACGGGGAUAAAAGUCCCAUCCCACCCUCAGGAGGACAACACAAGUAUUCAAGUUCUUGCAUUGAGAAAUAAAUAUAUAGGGUUAUUAUAGUCCACCGAACACCUUGCGUUUCUUAUUUAUAUAGUACUGACAAAUGGCUUAAUGUUAUGGGUGUACUGUUGAUCUUUAACUUUUUGUCCAGCUGGUAGCUUAUAUUUAAACAAAGUGUCCUGUAAAUAAUUAACGUUACCGCCCUCCAUAUCUGUUUUCCACUAUAAGAAGAUACAAGUGUUGUCAGGGCUCCUUUACCUAGUACCUGUAAAUCGAACCUUGUUUAUCUGUUCUCGAACUGCGCGGCUUGGCAUUUUAAGUUCCUCUUGGUUUUCUAAUUGAUCCUAAAAUUUGAGUGAAAGUACCUAAUCCGUUUGAAGUUGUCUCAUACAUUUUAGAGUUCGUAGUUGACCCACCAGCUAUGGACGCUACACUUUGUCUAUUGUUAGAGUCUUCUGCGUGUAUUUUACCGAAGAUUUUGCCACUCAUACUAUCGUUUCCAUCUCCUGCUCCUCGGCCUUUUGCACCUCUGCCUUCUGCUCCUUUGCCCUCUACAUCUGUACUUGCGCCUACUUCCCCUACUCCUUUGUUACCUACUUUUCCACCAACUGUAAUCUCACCAGUGGCUCCCCUACUAUCUGCUCCUCCACUUCCAGCUGCUCUCCAUCCUUCUCCUUGCCCGUCAGAGGCUUCUCCACCCCCUGCUGUUCCCCAGCUACCACCACCACCUCCUGCUUUUCCCCAACUAUCACCAUCACCUCCAGCUCCUGCUGUCCCCCAACUACCACCACCUCCUCCACCUCCUGCUGCUCCCCAACUACCACCACCUCCCUCACCAGCUCCUCCCCCGCCAGCACCUCCCCCACCAGCUGCACCACCACUAACUGCUCCUCCACCAGCUGCUCCCCCUUCUUUACCUUCCUCACCAGCGGCGGGAGGAAGACCAAGCUUGUCGGUUAACCAAGAUGGUAGCCAGAGCUUUGGGCCUUCUCCAGGUGGUAGUGGAGCUGGAACAGGCUUAGCUACGAUCAGUGUUGGCAUCGUCCAGACGUCUUCCAGUUUUUUGCCAUCGGAAUUGCAGCAACAAGGACAACAUGGUGGCAUCAUGCAUGAUUGCGGUUGGCACGGCAAGCAAUCAGAACAUGGACAACCGCAUGCUGAGGGAUUAAAACAAGCCCCUCCUCCUCCACAAGGCAUGAAGCAUAUGGAUCCAUCAUUUUCAGGAGAAUCGCCAGACUGA